CCCGGGCAGCCUCCGCGUCUGCGCAGCCGCGGUCGCCGCGGCGCCAGCUCUGCAGUGGCCCGGACAGGGUCUGGUUGGGGAGGGGUACUGGAAAAUCCGAGGAACUGGAUCCUCCCCCAGGGCCUCCGGAAGGAACACAGCCCUGCUGACACCUUGCUUUCAACCCAGUGAGACCCUGGUCAGACUUCUGAGCCACAGAACUGUAAGGCUUCAGGCUCUUGGAGCAGGAGGAGCGAGAGAAGGCUGCUUUGAAAACUCCACUUUCUGGGGGAGAUGCAGAGUCUCAGGCCAGAGCAGAUCCGGGGUCUGCUGGAGCCUGAGCGGGCCAAGACGCUGCUACCUCGGGAGGGCAGGGCGUGGGAGAAGCGGACCGCCUUCAAAGACUGGGUGGCUGUGAUCGGGGUCGCCAGCUGUGACAGUGAUGGGAAAGACCUGUCUUCUCAGGAGGCCGGGCUUCCCCAGGAGUGGGGCUCGGUGGAGGACAACGAGGAGCCCGAGGACUCCCAGGGCUUUGUGGAGUGGUCAAAAGCUCCACAACAAACGACCAUAGUCUUGGUAGUAUGUGUGCUUUUUCUGUUCCUGGUUUUAACAGGGAUGCCUAUGAUGUUUCACAUUUGACUAUAAUGAUGGCUAUUGUCUCAAAAAGAUGCCCUAUGUGAUGUUAAGGGAGCGUCCUGGUUAAAAAUCAGGAACAGGUAUUGAAUAUUAUCAGAUGCCUUUUAAACAUCCAUUGAGAUUUUUUUGUAUUUAAUCUUUUUGUAUGAGGUUUUGCAUUACUGUAUUUCACUGAACUUAAGACAUCAUUGAUUGUAGAACAAUUUAUUUUAUACACUACUGAGAAAGAAAAAAAAUGCUACUUAAUUUUAAGAUGCCACCAACUGGAAGAUGCAUCCUGACUUCAGAGAAGGUGAAAAAAUGUACACUUUAGGAUUGAUGAGAUCUGUUAGAUUUAAUGUCAAAUCAUCUUUCUUAGGAUCAUGGUGCACCAGUCUUUUCAGAUGCUGAUUCUAUUUCCUAAUAUUUUAUGUAGGAUUCUUGCCUCUCUCUUCAUAUGUGAGAUUGGUGCUAUCUUCAUAAAGUUUUGAUGUCAUGGCUAAGCUUGCAUCAUGGAAGGACAUUUUCUAUGCUUUCAAAUAGUUUCUGUGGCUUGAGAAGUAUCAGUUCCUUGACAUUUUGAAAGAAUUCACCAGGAAAGGAAUCAGGUCCUAGAGCUAUGGAGGGGAGGUUUCUGCUGUUUCUUGGAUGGCUUUCUCAGUUUCUUUCCAUGUUAUCAGUAUGUUAGCACUUUUUACUUUAUUAAUAUUGAUUUAUAGUGUUCUUUCAUUCUCUAGAAAAUUCUUCAUUCCAUUGAACUUUUCAGAUUAUUAGCUUAACUAUAAACUAUUUGAUAAUCAAACAAAAUUCUUCUUUUUAUUUUGUUCUGUCUCCUUUCUUCCUUUCUGUUUUUGGUUUACCCACUAUUAGAUUUGUCAAAGUUUUAUCUACUUUACUAUUACUUUCCCAAAGAACCAGCAUUUAGGAUUUAUUUAUAUCCACUAUUUCUCUAGUUUGUAAUUUGUUUUCCACUAAUAUGUAUUGGGUUUAUUUUUUAUUGUUUCUAUUCUUUGUCUCAAUUUUUAAGUUGAGUGAUUAAUUCAUUUAUAUUCUUUUUUCCAAAAAUUAGUUGCCAUAAUACUGUGCUUAAUAACAAAUGUACUUCUGGUUAAAGCCUUGGCCACAUCUUAAAGUUUGGUAGUUCACGUUCCUGCUUAUGCUGUUGUCUAAAUGUUGUAUUGUAGUCUUUCUAAAGAGUGCUUUGAAACUCAAUUAAUUGGAUUAUUUAAAAAUAGUUCUGUUUCCUUGAUUUCUUGCACUGUGAACAGAGGCUGUGGCAUAUAAUAAUCUUACAAAACCUUUAAAAAAGCUUUUACUGUGGCUUAGAACAUGCUCAGUGUUGGCCCAUGUUUCAUGGGCACUUCAGAUUAAUAAUUAUUUUCUGUCUGUAGAAUUAAAAACUCUACAUGUGUAUUCAUUAACUCAGUCUUAUCAAUUAUAUUGCUUACAUCCAUGUGUUAUUUAAUUUUGAUCUACCCUCUCAAAAACCAUAAGAUUAUGUGAAAAAUCUGUUAGUAUAAUUAUGUUUGUAAUAUAUUUUUAUAAUCUUUGCUUUAUAUAUUUAGCAGCUGUGUAAUUUGAUGCUUCUAAGUACAGCACUAUUAUGUCUUUGCCCAUUAAAUAAUAUGUGUAAAACACCAAGCACAGUGCCAGGCAUAUAGUAGGCACUCAAUAAAUGUGAGUUAAAACCUGAUUCUGAGUGCUUUGUCAAAUAUA